CUUCAGCCCCAGACCAUGCUGCUGGAUGAGGUCAACGGGAGGCUUUAUGUUGGGGCAAAGAAUACUCUGUUCUCCCUUAGCCUGGACCGGGUCAACACACACCACAGAGAAAUCCAGUGGGCCAGUACAGAACCUCAGAUUGAGGAGUGUUUGAUGAAGGGAAGGGAAAAGUCAGAGUGUGCUAACUACAUCAAGGUCUUGCAGCAGUACAACCAGACACAUUUGCUGGUCUGUGGAACAGGAGCUUUUAACCCAAUCUGUGUCCUGGUCAGAGUGGGACACACUUCGAAGGACAGACUGUUUGCUCUUGAAGAAGACAGCCUUAUGAGUGGCAGAGGACGCUGUCCAUAUGACCCAAACAGUCCCUGCACUUCUACGCUCUCCAGAGGUGAGCUGUAUAUUGGCCUGUACACAGACUACUGGGAGAAUGAUGGUGCGUUUUGUCGACUUAACAACCAGACCUACACACGGACUGAAAGAGACGACAAGCAGCAACUCAAUGAACCUAAAUUUGUGGGGUCUGCAGUUAUUCCUGACAACGAUGACAGAGAGGAUGAUAAAGUUUACUUCUUCUUCACUGAGCGAGAGAUGGAUGCUGAGGGAGGGAACAAGGCUGUGUAUACUCGUGUGGGCCGAGUCUGUGCGAAUGACCAAGGAGGACAGAGAAUGCUGGUGAAUAGAUGGAGCUCCUUCCUGAAAACUCGUCUCAUCUGCUCUGUUGCUGGACCAAAUGGCAUUGAUACACACUUUGAUGAACUUGAGGAUGUUUUUGUGCUCAAAAACAAGGAUGGGAAAAACCCUGAAAUCUUUGGCCUAUUCAGCACAACAAGUGCUGUGUUCAAAGGCUAUGCAGUAUGUGUCUAUCACAUGGACGAUAUAAGAGCAGCCUUUAAUGGUCCAUUUGCCUACCGAGAGAGACCUGAGCAUCACUGGACAGCCUAUGAGGACAAAGUCCCCUACCCUCGACCUGGAUCUUGUGCCAGUAAAGUGAACGGAGGUGGCUUCUCAAGCUCUAAGGAGUUUCCUGACGAGGUUUUGCGGUUUGUGCGUUCUCAUCCUGUGAUGUAUCGCCCAGUCCUUCCCCAGCACCGUAGACCUGUCCUGCUGCAGACAGAGCCAGGCAGGAGAAAGCUGACCCAGAUCGCUGUGGACAGAGUACAAGCCCAGGACGGACACUAUCAUGUUCUCUACAUCGGCACUGACGACUCGGUGGUAUUGAAAGUUAUCACCAUCUACAACAAAGAAACAGACACUAUGGAGGAGGUGCUGCUGGAAGAGCUGCAAGUAUUCAAGGUGUCAGCACCAAUAAGAGAGAUCAUAAUAUCGCCUAAACGGCAACAGCUGUAUGUUGGGUCAGAAGUGGGUGUGGCCCAAAUCAGACUGCAUCAGUGUGACCUCUAUGGCUCAGAAUGUGCUGACUGUUGUCUGGCCAGAGACCCUUACUGUGCCUGGGACGGUAUCACCUGCACCAGAUACUACCCUGCUGGAGUCUACACCAAAAGCAGACGAUUCAGACGGCAGGAUGUUCGCCAUGGCAACGCUGUCCAGCUGUGCAAUGGACUGCAAAUUGAUGAUGAACAAUGGCAAAGAGCUGAGGAGAGGCUGGUGUACGGUGUUGAGAGCAACAGCACUUUACUCAAGUGCGUCCCGAGAUCACUUCAAGCCAAGGUCCUCUGGUUCUUACAAAAAGAUGGUGAAAAACACGAGGUUCAAGGUGAUGAGCGAGUUAUCAUGACCUCCCACGGACUGCUAUUUUUACGAGUGAGAAGCUCUGAUGCUGGUGUGUACGUAUGCCAGACUGUGGAACAUGGAUAUGUGCACACAUUACUACGAAUCUCUCUACACGUGCUCAGGGGGGAAAGGGUGGAGUCAGCGAUCCACAGGGCCAAUGACAGGGAAGAAGAGAAAGCUGCAGCUCAAUGCCCCUCCUUUAUUGGCCCACCACCAAUCCCCAGCAUCAGCCCCCGGGCUCUGGGGCCAUCCUCAGUCCCAGGCCCCCACUCCAGGCUGUGGUACAAGGAGUUUCUCCAGCUGAUUGGCUACGGGGAUGCUCAGAGAGUAGAGGAGUACUGUGAGAGAGUGUGGUGCUCUGAUAAAAAACGCAAAAAGACCAGAAGGAAGUACGCUCCUCCGAGUGGCGAGAAGAGAGGGAAAGGGAGAGGAGAGGAGAACUCCCACCGAGCGCCCAGGCACACCGUGGAGAACAGAGAUUGACUACACAUGCGCACACACACAGA